ACUUGUUCUUUCACCAAUCGGCAUUUUUCUUGAUUUUUGGUGAGAGACUUCAUUAAAGAGAAAAAAGGAGAUUCCCUCACCGGAAUAAUCACCGGAGAUAAAGAAAAAGAAUGGCGUCCCUGAAAUUUCCAUUGGAGAUUCUCGCCGUCUUCGUCAUCAUCUCCGUGAUUCUCUUGCCGAUUGCUCAUGCGCAAUCCCCUUCGCCUGCUCCUGCACCCACCAGCGAUGGAACAUCGAUAGAUCAGGGGGUAGCGUAUGUUCUAAUGAUGGUUGCUUUGGCGUUGACUUAUUUCAUCCAUUAAACAUUUAAACUCAUUGGAUCAUCCAUUUUCUUCUUCCUUCACAGUUGUUUUGUGCUCUUAAUUCUUUUGACCUUCUUUUGUUUAUUUUUUGUUCUUGUGACGUGGGAUUUGUAGAGAAUGAAAUGAUAGCUAGGAGGACAUCAUGCUUUUGUUGUUUGGAUGAUUCGUUUAAUUUAUUUUCUCUUUCUUUAAUAAAAACGUAACUAUAAUAUUUUCUAUCA